AUGUCCUCCUCAAAUGGAGACGCAGUGCAGUCCUCCUCCAAUGGAGACUCAGUGCAGUUCUCCUCCAAUGGAGACGCAGUGCAGUUCUCCUCCAAUGGAGACGCAGUGCAGUUCUCCUCCAAUGGAGACUCAGUGCAGUCCUCCUCCAAUGGAGACGCAGUGCAGUCCUCCUCCAAUGGAGACUCAGUGCAGUUCUCCUCCAAUGGAGACGCAGUGCAGUUCUCCUCCAAUGGAGACGCAGUGCAGUUCUCCUCCAAUGGAGACGCAGUGCAGUUCUCCUCCAAUGGAGACUCAGUGCAGUCCUCCUCCAAUGGAGACUCAGUGCAGUUCUCCUCCAAUGGAGACGCAGUGCAGUUCUCCUCCAAUGGAGACGCAGUGCAGUUCUCCUCCAAUGGAGACGCAGUGCAGUUCUCCUCCAAUGGAGACUCAGUGCAGUCCUCCUCCAAUGGAGACUCAGUGCAGUUCUCCUCCAAUGGAGACUCAGUGCAGUUUUCCUCCAAUGGAGACUCAGUGCAGUCCUCCUCCAAUGGAGACUCAGUGCAGUCCUCCUCCAAUGGAGACUCAGUGCAGUCCUCCUCCAAUGGAGACUCAGUGCAGUUCUCCUCCAAUGGAGACUCAGUGCAGUUCUCCUCCAAUGGAGACUCAGUGCAGUUCUCCUCCAAUGGAGACUCAGUGCAGUUCUCCUCCAAUGGAGACUCAGUGCAGUUCUCCUCCAAUGGAGACUCAGUGCAGUUCUCCUCCAAUGGAGACUCAGUGCAGUUCUCCUCCAAUGGAGACUCAGUGCAGUUCUCCUCCAAUGGAGACUCAGUGCAGUCCUCCUCCAAUGGAGACGCAGUGCAGUCCCGUUCUAAACAUAGAUGGAUGUAA